AGCGCGGGGAGUGGGGUGCUUGGCCUCCGGGUCGGACCACCCCGCCCGCACCAGUUCCCCCUUGGCGCUUCCCCUCCCCGCUCGGUCUCCCUUUCUCCCCCAAAUCCUUCAGCUGCUACACUGAUCGCUUCUGUGGCUUUGUUUAAAAAAAAAAAAAAAAAAAAUCCGAAUAGGUCCGAGGUGCUUUCUCCUGGAGCAGAAGCACAAUCCCUGUUCUGGGUAUUAGCUCGGGACCAUGGCUGGUUCCCGCAGCUGCCUCCGGGAGGCACCUGGGCCGGGAAUCGCCCGCGCUGCGAGCCCGCAGUAAGUCCGGGUUUGUGGGCGCAGAAAGGAGGAGCGCACGCAGAAAGUGACAGGCAAAGGCGCGCGGCGUCCGGCUGGGGCUCGAGGGCCGGACCGGCGAGGAGGCGGGGAGGGACAGUCCAAACUCUCACAGCCUCACUCCCAGUGAUAACCUGCAGCUAUGGAGUCGCCAACCAAGGAGAUUGAAGAAUUUGAGAGCAACUCUCUGAAAUACCUGCAACCCGAACAGAUCGAGAAAAUCUGGCUUCGGCUCCGAGGGCUGAGGAAAUAUAAGAAAACAUCCCAGAGGUUACGGUCUUUGGUCAAACAAUUAGAGAGAGGCGAGGCUUCGGUGGUAGAUCUUAAGAAGAAUUUGGAAUAUGCGGCCACAGUGCUCGAAUCUGUGUACAUUGAUGAAACCAGGCGACUCCUGGAUACGGAGGAUGAACUCAGUGACAUUCAGUCAGAUGCAGUGCCUUCUGAGGUCCGAGACUGGCUGGCCUCCACCUUCACGAGGCAGAUGGGGAUGAUGCUCAGAAGGAGCGAGGAGAAGCCACGGUUCAAGAGCAUCGUCCAUGCAGUGCAGGCUGGGAUAUUUGUGGAGAGAAUGUAUAGACGAACAUCCAACAUGGUUGGACUGAGCUACCCACCAGCUGUUAUUGAAGCAUUAAAGGAUGUGGACAAGUGGUCCUUUGAUGUCUUUUCUCUCAAUGAGGCCAGCGGGGAUCAUGCACUGAAAUUCAUUUUCUAUGAAUUACUCACACGUUAUGAUCUGAUCAGCCGUUUCAAGAUCCCCAUUUCUGCCCUUGUCUCAUUUGUGGAGGCCCUGGAAGUAGGAUACAGCAAGCAUAAAAAUCCGUACCACAAUUUAAUGCAUGCCGCCGACGUUACGCAGACUGUGCAUUACCUCCUUUAUAAGACAGGGGUAGCGAACUGGCUGACAGAGCUGGAGAUCUUUGCUAUCAUCUUCUCAGCUGCCAUCCACGACUAUGAGCACACCGGAACCACCAACAAUUUCCACAUUCAGACACGGUCUGACCCUGCUAUUCUGUACAACGAUAAGUCUGUAUUAGAAAAUCACCAUUUAAGUGCAGCUUAUCGCCUUCUGCAAGAAGAUGAGGAAAUGAAUAUUUUGAUCAACCUCUCAAAGGAUGACUGGAGGGAGUUUCGGACCUUGGUAAUUGAGAUGGUGAUGGCCACGGACAUGUCCUGUCAUUUCCAACAAAUCAAAGCAAUGAAGACUGCUCUGCAACAGCCAGAAGCAAUUGAAAAGCCGAAAGCAUUAUCCCUGAUGUUGCACACGGCGGACAUUAGCCAUCCUGCAAAAGCAUGGGAGCUCCAUCAUCGCUGGACAAUGUCACUCCUGGAGGAAUUCUUCAGACAGGGUGACAGAGAAGCAGAGCUGGGGCUGCCUUUUUCUCCUCUGUGUGAUCGAAAGUCAACGAUGGUUGCUCAGUCGCAAGUGGGUUUUAUUGAUUUCAUUGUGGAGCCCACCUUCACUGUGCUCACGGACAUGACUGAGAAGAUUGUGAGCCCGUUAAUUGAUGAAACCUCCCAAAGUGGCGGGACAGGACAGAGGCAUUCAAGUUUGAACAGCAUCAGUUCAGCGGAUGCAAAGCGAUCGGGCGUGAAGAGCACUAGCUCAGAAGGAAGCGCCCCCAUCAACAGUUCUGUCAUCCCCGUUGACUACAAGAGUUUCAAAGCCACUUGGACUGAGGUGGUGCACAUCAACCGGGAGAGAUGGAGGGCCAAGGUGCCUAAAGAGGAGAAGGCCAAGAAGGAAGCAGAGGAAAAAGCUCGCCUGGCUGCAGAGGAGAAGCAAAAGGAAAUGGAAGCCAAAAGCCAGGCUGAAGAAGGCGCAGCUGGCAAAGCCGAGAAAAAGACAUCUGGGGAAGCUAAGAAUCAAGUCAAUGGAACGUGUACAAACAAAAGUGACAACCCUUAUGGGAAAAAUUCCAAAGCUGAGAAGUCCUCAGGAGAAAAACAACAGAAUGGUGACUUGAAAGAUGGUAAAAAUAAGACAGACAGGAAAGAUCAAUCUAAUGUCGGAAGUGAUUCAAAGAAAACAGAUGAUUCAGAAGAGUAAAACACACCUCACAUACAAUAAAAGAGGCUGCCAGUGUCUUGCAUCAUUUUAGCUGAGCUUCUUCAUUCUCCUUCUCCUCCUUCCACAAAGACCCAUAUCUAGGGAAGGUGUCCAACUUUCAGAAACAAGCCCCCCUACACUUGGCCUUCCCUCAUGCCACCUCCUUCCAAGAGACGGCUCUCUGGGAGCUGGUUUGAGGUCUAAGAACUCUGGGGAAAUCCUCCCCCAGGCAAAUAAAACAACUUGAGCUUUUUGCACAAACAGAAACAAAACAUGAACGGUCUUCCUCAGAAUUCUUUGCUAAUGCCCUGGCUUUCAAGGCACCUGUCUGGCCUGAUGAGGAUGGACAUCCUGGAUAUGCUGAGGGCGGCCUGAAAAAGCCACAUGCAGAGUAAUUGCCAUUUUACUACUGUCGAUGCCGUUCCUUUAAACUGUUAUUUUUGUACUGGCUACUGAUGGUGGAUACAGCCGUGCUGGCCCUUCAUCACAGCUAAGAUGAUGAUUCCAGUCUCUGGUUGUUCCUUUCCUGAGUCAGGAACAUUCUUUUUCUCCAAUUUUCUUUCAGACUUAAAAAUUGUUCUUAUGCUUGUCUUUCCAUUUAUAUAUGAAAUUCUUUUUUUAAAAGAGAUUAUCCUAUAGGACUCUUUAUUUGUAAAUGCUUAAUUUAUCUGUGCAUUCAUUAAUAUAAACCUGAAUGUUUCCACUGAUGACUAUACUGUUUAGGUGGGAGACACAUUGUUUUCAUUGGGUAGCAUCCAUGACUAAGUGGUUACUGAAAUUUUUACCACUGGCCAGUCCUCUUCUUUUGGAUAUUUAUGGUUUUACUUAAUCACUCUUCUUUCUAUUCAGGGAAGUGCUAAGGGAAUUAGUAUCAGGGAGAUAUGUCAAAUACUUCUUCUCAUUUUAGUGAGUCUUUAAAAAUAACACAUAGGAGAUAAUUAAUAGCACAAAUCAAAAGAAAGAUUCGUGGAUGUAGCAUGGAAAGAGAAUAAAGAUACACUGCCUGAAUCCAAGUCAAAAAUGGGAUGCAGUGGAGUCUAAGUAAAGGUUGAUGUUAUGAGUCUCAGUGGUGUGAUUUGGAUAAAACUCAUUCUUAAAAGGUGGUUAUGGUUCACAAAGAAAUCUUUGAGUCCUUCCCAAGGAGAAACCCCAUGACUAUGCUGGUGAUGGAGUGGGGUUAGUAAUAGGGACAGAGAGAGCUAGAUGGUAGGCUUAGGUGUAUUCCCCAUUGCAGAUUUAAUUUCUACAUUAAAAACACCCAAACAAACAUUUAAAGAAUCUUCUUAUUACUAAAGCAAAAUGUUGCUAUUUCUUCAGACAGAAAGAAGACUGUGUAUGUAGUCUAUAGGGCCUCUUGCCUCACUGAAAUAUUCCCCAACAGAAAGAUCUGAAGAACUCUUGUGUAAAAUGCCCAGUUUGUACUGAUAUUUAAAUACUGUUCUUUGGUCAGCUUUACAUUUUGCCGUGUAAUAACACAUAUUUUUCUGUUGCUCCCUCUGCUUUUCUAACAGUAACCACAGUAAAUAAUGUGGUCACAAAUUCAAAUCAGGGGCCUAGUAGGUCAAGUAAAUGAAUAAAGCAAGCCAUGUAGUAUCAGAGUUAUUGUGAUCAAUGGCGAUUGGUACCAGCAAGGCAGUAAGGAGCAGUAGGCACUGUGAGGAAUUGGAGCUUUCUGUACGUUGAGGUGUGUGUUAUGGAAAGGGGGCAGUUACUAGUCAGCAACAGGAUUAGUGCUAUGUAGGAAUGGGGUUCCUAGAUACCUAGGAUUCUAUAUAAACCCUCUCCAAAUUUUUAAAUGUUGGCGAUAAGUUCAGCAAUCUCCAAAGACUGUGCUGGUCAAAACAAAGCAUGCCUAUGACCUGCACUCCAUCCAUGGGACAUCAGUUUGCAAACUAUGCUCUUUGAGGUGGUAUGGUUUUGUAUAGGAAUGAAAUACAACCAGAGCAUGUCAAAUUUUUCAUCUUGGAACCUAAACAUUUUACCUCAUUUCUGUUCUGUACUUUUGUAUGUAGAGCUUUGCAGCCGGUCAAAACAGAAAGCUUACAACUUUCCUUUUAUACACUUAACAAGUAAGACUAAACAAUAUCUGAAAAAGAAACAGGAAUAUAGCCAUUUUUUUCUAGCAACAAUAAAGAUGGUAAUGUUUUCCAUUUGCUUUAAGUCAUUAAUUAGCUGAAAAAGAAUGGGAAGAGAGUUUCAUUCAGUAUAGAACUCUGUUUGGAAUUCUCAAUGUGGAGAAGCAAAACUCCAUGUAACUUACCUUUGAAUCCUUAAAAAGUAUUUUGAAGGGACACUGAGUAAAACUGCAAAAUUAUCUACUUUUUAAAAAUAUAAACCAAUGUAUUAUUGUGGUAUACAUUAAUACUGGAGUUGAUAAAACAUUGAAAUUAAGAUCCCAAGUCAGUAUUGACUGGAAGAACAAUAUUUCCAAAGCGCUGGUGCACUUUCUUGGUCUUUUUGUUCUCCUGAAACAGCUUCCAAGGGAGCAGUGAUAUGGGACACACAUCGCAUGGAGUCUGGCAUCUUAGUAUUACACUGUCACGUCACUUAGAAAGCAAGGGCUUACACACCUGAAUUAAGAAUUGCCCAGUAUGUGGAGAAAGCAGUAGGGACAUUUCCACCAUUGACAAACCACAAUUUCUACAUGUCCCUGGGUGGAACACUUUCCAAAUGAAGCUGACCCUAAAGUUUGGGUCCCUGUGUCACCAAAGAGCUCCACAUCCAGGUUUUGUGGAUGAGGUGUGUUUUGAGGCAUAAUGACCGAUCCGUAAGGAGGUCUUUGUUCCAUCUUUUAUUCAUGCCAACCUUUCUUAGAUUAUGAACCCUAAUAACUUAUGGCAGCAGGCAAGAGACUCAUUUCUAACCCAUUAAAUUUGAAUGGAUUUUCUUCCAUUAUCCAUUUCAUUCUUGGAGCUUUUAAAAACUAUUGAAAACAUCUGACAGGAUCCCACUAAGGACCUGAUAUACUUAAACAGUAAAAUAGUAUCUAAACAUCUGAGAGCCAAAGAAGAAUCUAGUGUACCUGUUUAUUUCAUUUGCAGAACUAAAGCCAUUGUAUUAUAUUUUCCACCUAGAACCAUGCCUUUAGUAAAUUAGAAGAGUGAACAAGUCAAGAGCAACAUUAUGAUGGGUUGUGAGGCAGAAUGCAGAAAAACAGAUGGAGACCAAUUUUGUAAUCCAUAUUUUGGGAGUAAGAAUACUGGUCUUUUUGUAUCACUUCUGUCAUGGAUCACUUUUCUUUAGAUAGAUGAUAGAUAGAUAGAAUAUAUAUUUUUUUUCUAUUCUUCACCUUUGAGCAGAGACUUACAUGAUAAAUGACUUCAUAAUGUCCCCUGUGGACGAUGGGGAGGAAACAAAAGAGAAAAAGCACUAAAUCUUUUUCUCAUAACGAGAGAGAGAAGAUUCUGAGAUUAAAGCCUGUGUAUGCAGUACUAUGUCCCCAAUAAAGGGGAUUCCAGUUGGAAACUUUGUUCUGAUUCUGAGAUCCCCACACAUCCCAGUAGGAGUUACAGUGCUGCGCUCCCCCCCCCCACCCCCCGGCAAGAGGGCCCAGCACACAGUCAGCAUUCAGAAAGCAGGCGCACAACCGUCCAGCUGCAUUCCACUAUCCACCCGUGAGUGCCAACAAAGCCCAACAUGUCCUAUAUGCCAAGCAUAUCAUGAAAGGCUUACUUUCUAAAGAUAUGCGGACAUACCCUAGUGACAUCAGUAGCUUAUCAUAAGGGAUAGAAAUUGCAGGUGGUUUGGGGGAAAAUUGUCAGAGCCAAGUUUAUGAAAAAAAUAAUAAAAAAAUGAAAACCUCUCUAUGGCUUUUGGAUCUAAGAAAAAUAAAAUAAAAACAAAACAAAACAGGAUUUAUCUGAAAUUGUUCUUCCAAAAGGGAUGAUGACACCAAUCUAUAUGAAAUACCAGUGGAUUUAUUUAUAAUCCAAGUUGAAAUAGUUAAAAUCCAAAGUGGACCAACUUGCAGCAAAUAAGAGAUCCUGUAUGUGCAGCGUGGGGAAUCACUGCCCAGUUUUGCUCUGCUGAUAUUAUGGUGGGUACAGCACUGAACCACAGCAAAAUUGGACAUUAAAGAAUGUAAUGUUGCAAUAAUGAUGUUAUAUUGCAUCUUAUGUGUGAAUAAAUGGAAAGUAAUACUUAUGAUUCAUCAAUAUUGCUCCAUCAUUAAAGGCCUCAUUAUCACUUAGAAAAUGAACUUAAUGAAAAAAAUGUAAUGAACAGCACAAUGUUUCUAUGAAACAUCCCUCUGAGAGCCAGGGACAUAUUACCUGCCAAGAACAGAUUUCAGUUGUUAAGAUUUCCUCUCACCAAAGACCCUGAGCAUUGGAGGUGACAGUAGAAUUAGAAUGGUAGCGGAACCACCUAGAAUAUUUGACAGAGUUCAGUUAAUUUGGGUUCAGAGAGGUUAGAAACAAAUGGGAAGCAGUCCUCUGGAUGUUCUCAUUAGACAUUUGUAAAAGACUGCAUCCUUCUCCAGGAAAGUCUGCCGUCAUCAAGAAUUGUUUCAAUGAAAGAACAACUUGCUUUUUACACAUUAAACAAGAGUGGGUACAGUGGGGGAGACCUGGACUGAAAAAUUCAUGAAAGUCAAUUUAAACAUUAUUAAUUCCUCAUUAUUUUAACUAAUCCGCCCCCACCUCUCCCAUUUUUCAUUAAAAUAUUGCAGAUGUAUUUGAGAUGAAUUUACAUUUAUUCUGGUUCCUGUUCCCAAGUAGAAGCGGAUCAACACUGGCCAUGGCUGGCUUCCCUCAAUGAACUUGGACCCAGCCUAGACUGCUAUCCCCUGAGCCAGGAGGCGCAGGGGUUGGUGUGGGGGCCCUUUCAUCUCCCUCAGGGCACACUUAUUCAACCUCCUUUGGGAAGAGCGUGAAUCUCUGGGGAUAAAUGCUGGCUGGAGCAGGCCAGUCGGUGCCCUCAUGGAGGCCCUCAACUUUGGUCAGCUUCAGCCAUGAUCACUGAACUUCAUCCACGUACUUUCAUUGGAGUGGGCUUCUUAACCUGCAGGAGCAUUUCCCUGUCAGGUUAUGGUGCCGGAUAAUUUAUUUAAAAUAAAGCCCAUUAAAACCCAAAAACUAUGGAUUGGCUUUUAAAUAGAUUGCCCUGGAGGCACAUUAUUGUAGAGUCUUUGCUUCUCUGUCAUGAUCUAUCUUGGGGUAGGUAUUUGUAUAGUUGUGUCCUUGUCUUUGAGUGAGUAUAUGUAUGAUGGUACAGAGACAGAGUCACACACUGAUAUACAUAGAUUUAUAGUAAAAACCUACAGUCGUAGGUACCGUCCAGUAGCUGAUUCUAGAGAUAGAACUGUAGAGUAUACAUUUUCCUUUUUUUCUUGCUUUGAUAUUUUUAUACGAUUUUAUAUGCUGUAAAAAAUUUUUUAAAAAUAUUUGCUAUUUUCAUUUGUAGAGCUCGGUUGGGUUUUUAUCGGCUCUGGUAACCACUGGUCAGCCAGAUUCCUCCCCCUACCUAAUUUAAGGGUCCUCUCCCUUUUUCAUACCUUUCUUUUACCUUUCCCUUUUUUUCUUCUCUCAUUUUUCUACCUUUCAUAAAUUCCUUCUUUCGCCUCUGUCCAGGCAAGCCAUUCUGCCUGUGGUAUCAUUUUCGCACAAAGAAACACACAAUAAUGGGGGAAAGAAAAGCAUCUUCUUCCAGUGUAAUUAACAUGAGGAAAUGUUGGGUGCCAAGGGUGAGGUAGGUAGUUGGGGAGUAGGGAAUAGAUUGGGGAAAGGAAGCAGGAGAAAGGAAAUCCUCAUGGGAGAUCAGUUACCCGAAGCAAGGUGACUCACUUUGAGGCUAAUGUAAUGCCAUCAUUUUCCCUCAGUAUAGAGCACAAACUUUGCCCUCACAGGGUUUUUCCCCUUAGGAUGGCAGGUGCUCACCAUGGGUCUGUAGACCCUCUCCUGGUAUGGGCACUGGCCCUAUAUGAAUGGAUAACUCAGCUCAUCUCAGCCUUAGAUUUUGUUGCGGUUCAGCUGGAUUUGUGGGAGGUGUCUGGAUUAAUACCAAGAAUGUUUAACAAGAUUCAAAAGAGGGAGGAAAGCAGAACCAAAACCCCAAAACUCAGUCCAAAUCAUGCCAAAUAAGUAGUUCUUUGGAGGGAUAAGGAAGAGAUUUCUGGAUGUGUUCUGAGAAUGGUCCUCCAAAAGGGAAGAUGGUAAAAUAGACUUGUGCUUAUUUUUACAACAGUGAUAGAAUGUACUUCCAUGAUGUAAAAUAGGUCUCUAGCAGAUAAAAUGCAGGUUGCAAUUUGCAUUUGUAUAUCAUAGGAAAAGAGAAUGGCCAUCCAUUCUAAAGAAGAGUGUUUUGUUCCCGAUGAUGCUGUUUGCACUAAAACUAUUCAAAUACCAUAGCAUCACACCUCCAAAUGCAAAAAUAAUUCCUAAAGGUUCAUGUAAAACAGAAAUGCUAAACUGCUCUCAAUAAACUUAAGAUGUGUUUAUUGUAAAUCUUUAUUGCACAGAUGAGGCUGACAGUCUGUUGAUGUAUAAUUCCCCCCAUCAUCUAGUGAUGAAUAAGUACCUGUAUGUUCUUCUGAUUACCAAAUAAAAACAAUGAGUUAAUCUCU